UUUGGGCUUGAGAGAGCGCACUUCUCUCACUGAAUCACAGCAGCGCUCUUGUAACUAUGGGCUCUUCAUAAACGCCUCACUUCUCUUUAGCGAUCCGAGACACGAGAGUUUCUCCUUUUAUUGUCUAAAUACUGACAGCGAAUAUCGACGUUAUCAGCGCUCGGUCGCGCGCGGUGGAGGAAAGCGAUCUUCAUUCAGCAGAGAGGCGUUGAGCUGAUACCCUUAUUCCGAUGUGAGCGGUUUUACCCCCGGGGUACUUUUUAGGAUGCAGAGAUCACCUGUGGAUGAUGCCAACUGCCUCUCCAGAUACUUCUUCUGGUGGACAAACCCUAUUAUGAGAAAGGGUUUUAAGGAGAAGCUGAGGCCAUCCGAUGUUUAUCAAGCACCCAGUCAAGAUGCAGCAGACAUCCUCGCAGAGCGCUUGGAAAAGGAAUGGGACAGAGAAGUUGCAUCUGGAAAGAAAAAACCCAGUCUCCUGAGAGCGAUGGCACGAUGCUACAUAAAACCUUUUCUGUUGUUUGGCUUCCUGCUGUACAUUGGUGAAGCUACAAAAACAGUGCAGCCACAGCUUUUAGGGCGGAUAAUUGCAUCAUUUGACCCGGCCCAUGAACCGGAGCGAGCCAAUGGAUACUUUCUUGCCUUUGGUCUUGGCUUGUUGUUCACUGCCCGCUUUCUCCUGCUCCAGCCUGCCAUGUUUGGGCUGCACCGCCUGGGCAUGCAAAUCAGGAUUGCUCUCUUUAGCAUAAUCUAUAAAAAGACCUUGAAACUUUCCAGCCGUGUCUUGGACAAGAUCAGCACAGGUCAGCUGGUCAGUCUGAUGUCAGCAAACCUGGGCAAGUUUGAUCAGAGCCUGGGUAUGGCGCAUUUUAUAUGGAUAUCACCAUUGCAAUGCAUCCUGUGUACAGGGCUUAUCUGGGAACUCAUUGAUGUCAAUAGCUUCUGUGCACUUGCCGCCAUCUCUUUACUGGGUGUUUUGCAGGCCUUCCUCUCACAUAAAAUGGGUCCUUACAAAGCACAAAAGGUCCUGUUGACCAACAAACGGCUGGCUCUGACCUCAGAGAUCAUGGAGAACCUGCAUUCGGUGAAGGCUUACGGCUGGGAGGAGAUAAUGGAGACCCUCAUCAAGAACAUCAGACAGGAUGAGGUGAAGCUAACCAGGAAGAUCGGCUCGCUGCGCUACUUCUACAGCUCGGCGUACUUUUUCUCGGCCAUCUUUGUGAUCGUGGCCGCAGUGGUGCCUCACGCUCUCAGUCGUGGAAUCAACCUGCGCCGCAUUUUCACCACUCUCUCCUACUGUAUGGUGCUGCGGAUGACAGUCACCCGACAGCUGCCCGGCUCCAUCCAGAUGUGGUACGACACCAUGCGGCUCAUCUGGAAGAUUGAAGAAUUUCUUAGUAAGGAGGAAUACAAGUUAAUGGAGUACGAUCUGAGCAUCACAGAGCUGGAGCUUCAAGAUGUGACUGCUUCAUGGGACGAGGGUCCCGGGGAACUUCUGGAAAGGAUAAAACAGGAGAACAAAGCUAAUGGGCAUCACAAUGGAGACGCAGGCCUCUUCUUCACUAACCUGUAUGUGGCUCCUGUACUGAAGGACAUCAGUCUGAAGCUGAAGAAAGGAGAGAUGUUGGCUGUGACCGGUUCUAUGGGAUCUGGGAAAAGCUCAUUGUUGAUGACCAUCCUCGGGGAGCUGGUUCCCUCCUCAGGGAAGAUCCGACACAGCGGUCGAAUCUCCUACUCCUCCCAAACAGCCUGGAUCAUGCCUGGAACCAUCCGAGACAACAUCCUCUUUGGCUUGACCUACGAUGAGUAUCGCUACAAGAGUGUGGUGAAAGCGUGCCAGCUUGAGGAGGAUCUGGCUGCUCUUCCAGAGAAGGAUAAGACGCCUAUGGCUGAGGGCGGUUUAAACUUGAGCGGGGGUCAGAAGGCACGCGUGGCUCUGGCCAGGGCUGUUUACAGAGAUGCUGAUGUUUACCUUCUUGACGCACCAUUCACUCAUCUGGAUAUUGCAACAGAAAAGGAAAUAUUUGACAAAUGCCUGUGUAAGCUGAUGGCCUCAAAGACACGCAUCUUGGUCACAAAUAAGAUUGAGCAUUUGAAGCGGGCCGAUAAGAUCCUACUGCUCCACAACGGUGAAAGCUUUUUCUACGGCACCUUUUCAGAGCUUCAGUCAGAGCGGCCAGAUUUCAGCUCGUUGCUUCUAGGUUUGGAGGCCUACGAUAAUAUCAGUGCAGAACGUCGCUGCUCCAUCCUCACCGAGACCCUCCACCGUGUCUCAGUAGAUGAAAGUGCAGGCAUGCAACCUGAACGCUCGGCUUUUCGUCAGGUGCCUCCAACCAAGCCUAUGUACAUCGACGAAAGAAAAGCUUCAGUUAUCGUCAACCCUCUCGGGGUGGCUCGUAAGGCGUCUUUCAUUCAGGUCCCAGAGGAAGAGGUGCGAAGGACGUUACCUGACAGAAAGUUCUCCCUGGUGCCUGAGAACGAGUUAGUGGAUGAGUCCUUCAUGGGGAGCGAUGUGUAUCAUAACCAUGGAGUGCAUAUGGCUGGUCAGAGGAGGCAGUCAGUGUUAGCGUUCAUGACCAAUGCACAGGGCCAGGGCCGUCGCGAGCACCUCCAGUCAUCUUUCCGCAGACGCCUUUCUGUCGUGCCUCAGAGUGAACUGGCAUCUGAGCUGGACAUCUACACUCGCCGGCUGUCGGACAGCACAUAUGACAUGACCGGCAUUCUGGAGGAAGAAAACAUUGAGGCAUGCUUAACUGAUGAAAUCGAUGAAAUAGAAGAAACAUUUGAGACGACAAAGUGGAACACAUAUGUCAGAUAUGUGUCAAAUAAUAAAAGCCUUCUUUAUGUUCUGAUCUUCAUCCUCUUUAUUGCUGCAAUUGAGAUUGCAGGAUCUGUUGCAGGGAUUUUUCUGAUAACAGAUGAACUUUGGAGAGAGGAACAUCAACGAUCUGAGCCAAACAUGACAAAGCACUCCAACGCGUCUUCACCUGGACAAACCUACGUCAUCACUGUGACUCCCACGAGCAGCUAUUACAUUCUCUACAUCUAUGUGGCCACAUCAGAGAGCCUCCUCGCGAUGGGAUUUUUCCGAGGUCUUCCGUUUGUGCACACAACCAUCACCAUAUCCAAAAAACUGCAUCAGAAGAUGCUGCAUGCUGUUCUCAGUGCUCCCAUGUCUGUGCUCAACACUAUGAAGACAGGCCGAAUCAUGAAUAGGUUCACCAAAGAUAUGGCCACAAUAGAUGACAUGCUUCCUCUUCUCAUGUUUGACUUUGUCCAGCUGACAGUAGUGGUGGUUGGAUGUAUUCUUGUGGUGUCCAUUGUGCGGCCGUACAUAUUCCUCGCUGCUACUCCCCUGGCCAUUAUUUUCAUUGUGAUGAGGAAGUACUUUCUCCGCACGGGUCAACAGCUUAAACAGCUGGAGACAGAAGCCCGGAGCCCCAUUUUCUCGCACCUCAUCAUGUCUUUGAAGGGUUUGUGGACCAUCAGGGCCUUCGAGCGACAGGCCUACUUUGAGGCCCUCUUCCACAAGACCAUCAACACCCACACAGCCACCUGGUUCCUCUACCUGUCCACCCUCCGAUGGUUCCUCUUCCGCGCCGACAUCCUCUUCGUCUUCUUUUUCACGCUGGCCGCCUGGAUAGCGGUAGGAACCAACCAGGAUAAACCAGGCGAGAUUGGUAUCAUCAUAUGCCUGGCAAUGCUCAUUCUCGGCACCUUCCAGUGGUGUGUUGCCACCAGCAUUGCAGUGGAUGGAAUGAUGCGUUCGGUUGACCGGGUGUUUAAGUUCAUUGACCUUCCGUCUGAGACUCCCAAACUGGACAAAGGCAAAGACUCAGAUCUGAUUAUCGAGAACGUCGAUGCGCAGGUCGACUCGAGCUGGCCACACCGCGGUCAGAUCAACGUGAGGAAUUUAACAGUCAAAUACACAGAAGCGGGUCAUGCUGUCCUGAAAAACCUGUCCUUCAGUGCGGAGGGGGGACAGAGGGUGGGCAUCUUGGGCCGAACAGGUUCAGGGAAGAGUUCUCUGUUCAAUGCUCUCCUGAAGCUGGUUUACACUGAUGGUGAGAUCUCCAUUGAUGGAGUCAACUGGAACAAAAUGCCUCUUCAGAAGUGGAGGAAAGCCUUUGGUGUAGUGCCUCAGAAAGUGUUCAUCUUCACGGGACCGUUACGCAUGAACCUGGACCCUUACGGGUGUCACAGUGAUGAAGAGCUGUGGCGGGUCGCUGAGGAGGUGGGUCUAAAGACGGUGAUUGAGCAGUUUCCAGACAAACUGGACUUCCAGCUGGAGUAUGGAGGUUAUGUGCUGAGUAACGGCCACAAACAGCUCAUAUGCCUGGCACGCUCUAUCCUCAGCAGAGCCCGGAUCCUCCUCCUGGAUGAGCCCAGCGCUCACCUCGACCCCAUAACAAUUAAGGUGCUGAAGAAGACACUGAGACAGUCUUUCUCCACAUGCACUAUAUUACUGUCAGAACACAAAGUGGAGCCGCUGCUCGAGUGCCAGUCUUUCUUGAUGAUGGACAAGGGUCAGGUGAAGACCUACGACUCCAUCCAGAAGCUCCUGAAUGAGACCAGUCACCUGAAGCAGGCCAUCAGUCCAGCCGAGCGGCUCAAACUGUUCCCUCGCCGAAACUCCAGCAUGAGGACGCCACAAUCCAAACUGAGCUCCGUCACGCAGACCCUGCAGGAAGAGGCCGAGGACAACAUCCAGGACACGCGCCUCUGAGCAUCUCAAAAGACUCAGUGGCCCCAAUGGUACAUUAAUUUGGAUGAACUAUCGUCAAAUCUCUUGACAUUUAUUAUGGAGGUACUCCUUUAUUCUCUCACAAUGGGACACAGUGAGGCCAGGAAUAAUUGAACACUGUAAAAAAAAAAAAACAAUUGCGUUUGUCUGUCCUUUCUUAGAUCAAAUCAGAUCUAUUCUUCCUCAGAUGUACGUUUAAUUUAUUAAGUUAUCGUGAGAUGGCACCAAAGUGGAAUCAUAUGAAUCAUGUAAAUGGCAAGACAGUUAGUCUUUUGUUUUGUUUCUGUAAGGGAAUUAGGAAAUGUGCGAACAACAGUGAUAUUUUAAUGUGUAAAUAUAUACAGUAUAUAUAUAUAGAUAGAUACAGAUAAGUCUUCUCUGUGAAACAAAUAUAUUUUUCAAGACUGUGAUUCACUUAUUCUUAUUGUUUGGCCAACACGUAUGAUCUCAAGUGACCUCUUGUGUUAUUGUAGGAAGCUUGAGGGAAGAGAACACACAUGCACAGGUUGGUUUUUGUGAUUUAUGAGGACUCCCUUUAGGCGUAAUGUAUUUUAUACUGUAACAUGACUUACCUUAUGACCAUGUUUAGUAUUAUUUUAAUCUUUUAAAUUACAAGGACACAAGGAAUGUUCUCAUAAACCACCUCAACACUGUAAUGCCUCAUAAUUAGUCAUAUUCAUGUCAUUAUACAAAUGUCCUCAUAAACCAUGUAAAUAAUACACAUACAAAAAGCAGAUGAAUGAUUCCAGAUAAAUUAGUUUGAGGUAAAUAAACAAUGUUAGCAUCAGCUACAGUAUGUAGAGAAAAAAAUUCCAGAAGCUGAGAUGAUUUAUUAGCAUUAGCUGUGUGGAAAAAGACAUUCCAAGAGCUGAUGGUGAGUUCUAUGAUGAUGCUAACAUUAGCAUUUACACAUCCCUACUGAAAAAAACAGCUUAAAUCAGCCUAGGCUGGUUGGCUGGUUUUAGCUGGUCGACCAGCCUGGUUUUAGAGGGGUUUUGGCCAUUUCCAGGAUGGUUUCCAGCCAUUUCCAGCCUGGUCUUAGCUAAUCAGGCUGGCUGAUGACCAGCUAAAACCAGCUUGACCAGCCUAGCCAGGGAGGGAGCCCAGCCUAAACCAGCUAUGUCCAGCUUAAACCAGGCUGGUCAGGCUGGUUUAUAGCAGGAUUUAGCUGGUCAUUUUCAAGCCUGACCAGCUAAGACCAGGCUGGAAAUGGCCAAAACCCCUCUAAAACCAAGCUGGUCAACCAGCUAAAACCAGCCAACCAGCCUAGGCUGGUUUAAGCUGGAUUUUUCAGAAGGGAUGUUAGCUAACCCAAGAGGUGAUGCAAAGUAGAACUAGAAUUAGCAGCAAAUACAAUGUUAAGUUAGUUGUUUGAAUAGACAAAUCUCAGGCGUGAUCUUACAUAAACACAAUGUCCGUACUGGCUUCCCGAGGGAGAGCGGGAGGUUGCCGCUUGGUCUUAACUUAUAUGUAGUUGCAUCAUAAAAUAAAUACAAUGUACUUACUGUGUUUAUAAUGUAUUGCAAAACACUUCUGGUGCUCUUGAGGUGGGACUCGGGUAAGGUUAGGGUCAGGUUUGGUGCUAUGGGUAGGUUUAAGGGUGGGUUAAGGAGUAAAGGAUGGACAACAGUGUAAUUAAAGAUGCAAUUACAAAAAUUAAUUGCACACAAAACUACAUGCAGGUAAAACCAUGUAUUUACACAAUAAGUACAUAUUAUUUAAGGCCACCUAAUAUAACAUGGGACCAUAUAUUCAUUUAGAAAGACCAGGAAAAAGGCUUGAGGUCAGUAUUUUUUAUUUUUCCUAAUGUUACAGAUGAUUUACACUCGCUGCUCAGUUUAUUCGGUACGUCUGUUUCUGUAAAUAUCAGCCACACGAUGGAUUUGGGCAAGUAAUUGUGGUCAAGAUGUUCAAACUGAGGAGCAUUAGAGUGUUUUUCCCCAGAAAAUUACAAUUGGUAACAAUUAAAGAUGGUUUUAUUUGUGAUUGGAAAAGCAGGGGUAUCAUACCAAACCGUUCUGAAGUUAAAACUAUUGUGUUGUCUAGAAAGUUAUCCAAUCAUUUUUGGGGUGAAAAUGUAAUUUUUGUUGGCUUGGGCUGUAUAAAUUUAUGCUCUAAAUGACAAAAUGUCUAUUUUAAAUUAGGAAGAAACAGUCUGCAGAACCAAAAAAUACUUAAACACAAACCGUAAACCCAAUAGUUGUACAAAAACAGAUAAAUAAAAUGAUACUGAAUGAGAUUCCAGUCAGCAUAUGUCAAAGUUUAAGAUGAUUUACUGAUGUCACUUGAAUUUGUGAGACCUAAAAAAAUGACUUUUUCAUUCAAUAUACCUUAUAUCAGUUUCAUAAGGCCGGACCGCCUGUCAAUCAAACGGCCAACGAACGGUCAAACUGGUCAAACGUUUUACCUCUGACCCCAGAGUCGCACUUCCGACCCUAAAGCAUUGUUUAACAUCCCACAUAUUAUUUUCAUGAAGAAAGUAGAGAAAUCCUGAUUUGGAUUUGUCUGGAAUGCAGAAAAACACAUCGUGUAUUAAUUGCCGGAAUGCAUUGUGGAAAAUGCAAAUUAUUUGCUGUUUAAGGGAGUAUGAACGCUAAUUAACAACCAUUUCAACCAUAAAAACAACCCCAUGUUGUUCUUAAACCUGUGUUUCUUCUAUGUAGGCAGUAAUUAGCGGCAGUUUAAAAAAUGCCACCGUCUAGAAGAAGUAACUCUUGUAUACGUACUAUAAAAGAUUAUUGAUUUUCAAGUUUUAAUUGGAUGUGUGGGAGGAGCCUGGAGUGGCUUGGGCGGGGCGCCGGUGUCCCCCAGAUCUCCAUGUGUGAAUACGGAUGAUCUGGCUGGUGACAGGCGCUCUGCGCUCCCAUACGAUCCCCCGAAGCUCGUACGCCACAAUGGGAGAUGGACGUGUUUCCCUGGCGUACGGGUGGAGGCUUUUAUUCAAUCUCUGCCUACAACUUCACCAGCUUUCAUUUACGUUCACUACUCAGUUAUUCAUAUCCUCUACAAUCUCAUGUGUUGGACGAUCAGCAAUAUUUAUACAACUCUGGACAUUUCCUCGAGCGAGAAUGACGUCGACUGAAACUUUCUGUCAUACACCACGCCCACCAAAAGGGUACCCUUGUUAGUGGAAACCAAGCCUGAUAAAGGUGACCCGUACCAAACCGUACCGUACGAGUCAGUGAAAACGAGCCAAAAGACAGCAAGAUCCAGAAAGACCAUCAGGCUGAUGAACUCCUCAAGCUUCAUCAAAACAUUGCCUGUUUGAUAUAAAGUUAAUACAACCGUAUUAUGUACAGUAAGUUAGAAAAUUCAUUCUUGUCCUUCAUUCGUCAUGUUGACAUUAACUGUGCAAGUUUGUACAUUUGGAAGCCUGUGAGCCACUGCAUAUUUUGGGUUACGGAAGAUGAAUUUUGCUUGUAA